AUGACCCAAAUCGGUCAAUCACGCGAGGGUCAGCUCCCCCUCCUCAUCCAAGAAUGGAGGGCAGUCCAGGCAUUAGGUAGCGGUUUGCAAAGACUCUACUCACUCGUUGAGAGGGAGCGCAGCUCUAAUGAAGCGACGCAUGCAUGGAUCAGUAUUUCUACAGACGAGCAACUCAAGGAACAGUGGGACCGCCUACAUGCCUCACAUCAUGAGCCAACUUCGCUCCCUUUGUACGGCGUCCCUUUUGCCGCAAAGGACAACAUAGAUGUCUCAGGCUUCGCAACUACAGCAGCUUGCUCGGCAUUUGCCACCACUCCAGCCACCGAAGAUGCUCCUGUCGUUGCCAGACUAAAGGCAGCAGGUGCCAUUCUCAUUGGCAAAACCAAUCUCGAUCAGUUCGCAACAGGCCUCGUCGGAACUCGGUCACCUUUCGGGGCUGUUCCCAACAGCUUCGACCCUACGAGGGUAAGCGGUGGAUCUAGUUCGGGCAGUGCUGUUGUGGUCGCACGAGGAGCUGUCCCAUUCUCCCUGGGAACUGACACAGCAGGAUCCGGCCGUGUUCCCGCUGGCCUGAAUAACAUCGUCGGCUUGAAACCCACACGUGGUGCUCUGAGCGCUCGGGGAGUGGUACCGGCUUGUCGGACACUAGACUGCGUGUCUAUCUUCGCACUCACUGUAGAUGAUGCUGAGACGGUCUUGUCUGUCGCAGAGGGACAUGACGUGCAGGACUCUUACUCAAGAAUCCGGCCGUUGGGCACCAGACACACUUCAGACUCUGGAUUCGGACCCAAGGCGAAUGAAACACUACAGCCUGUGUUGGCUAUCUGUGCUAAUCCACCUUGGUUUGACCGCGAUGACCACUCCCCCCGGUAUGAAGCCGCCCUCGAUAAGGCUAGAUCACUCGGAUGGGUACUCCAGCCUGUCGACUUUACCUUGCUCUUCGAGCUCGCAUCAUUGCUUUACUCUGGCCCAUGGGUCGCGGAGCGUUACCAAGCCAUACGAGCCUUUAUCCAGAACACCGAACCAGACCAAAUGGACCCUGUCGUACGCAAGAUCAUCAAGAAAGUGGAGAACUUUUCCGCCACGGACGCUUUUGAGGGCGAAUACAAGAGGCAAGAUCUGACGCGCCAGAUCGAGCUGGCAUUUGCUGCAUAUGACGGCAUCCUUGUGCCUACUACACCCACAUUUCCAACCCUUGAACAAGUCUCGCUCAGCCCUGUGGAGGAGAACUCACGACUUGGUACCUAUACCAACUUUGUAAACUUUCUAGACUGGUCCGCCUUGUCGGUUCCUGCGGGAUUUCGACAUGAUGGACUGCCGUUUGGGAUCACAUUGAUCGCAAACAAAUGGCAGGAGCCACACCUGUUGAAAUGGGCCCGGUUAUGGCUGGCUGGCCAGACGAGAAUACUCGGAGCUGUGUCUGCGCGCUGUUUUGAGCCGACACCUUCGAAACUCGGAGAAGCGCACACUUUAGAGAAUAUAUCCAAGAAGAGGAUUAUCGUCGCCGUAGUGGGUGCUCAUCUCUCGGGCAUGCCUCUAAACAAGGACCUUGUCUCAUGUGGUGCUGUUCUUAGCCGCAAGACGAGAACGUCGAAUCGUUAUCGCUUAUUCGCGCUUCAGAGUAAAAGCGGUCCGGCUCGGCCAGGUCUGCAGCGCGUGCAAGGUGCACAAGUUGGGGCAGAGAUUGGUGUUGAGUUAUGGGAAUUGCCCGAGGCAGCCUACGCUAGCUUUGCCAACACCAUUCCUUCGCCACUUUCUAUAGGAAAAAUAGAGCUUAGAGAUCAAUCUUGGGUCUCUGGCUUUGUUUGUGAGCCGUAUGGACUUGAUGGAGCUGUCGACAUCACGCGUUUUGCAGAUUGGCGGUCCUACAUCAGUCACCUUAAUCAGCCAGAGCCAGCCUCUUUAGGUUCAGUGUCCACCGUGUUGAUAGCAAAUCGUGGAGAAAUUGCUGUACGAAUCAUAAAAAUGUUACGCAGGUUGGGCCUCAAAGCAGUGGCGGUAUACUCGAGCGUCGACGCCGACUCCCCUCACGUCAAACUUGCCGAUCUGUCCUACGAGCUCAAGGGCCAAUCUGUGGCUGAGACCUAUCUAUCUAUCAACCAGAUUCUUACCAUUGCAAAGUCUGCAGGAGCGAACGCUAUCAUUUCAGGUUAUGAAUUUCUGGCUGAAAAUGCCGAUUUCGCCAACGCUGUUGAGGAAGCUGGUAUGAUCUGGGUAGGCCCUACUCCAGCACAGAUGGUCGACCUUGGCCUAAAGCAUUGCGCGCGCGCCAUUGCAAUUGAAUCUGGUGUCCCCGUAGUUCCUGGUUCUAAGGGCGUAUUGACGUCACUUAACGACGCACUGGCUGAGGCAGAGACCGUGGGCUACCCACUCAUGCUUAAGAGCACGGCUGGUGGCGGUGGUAUUGGUUUAAGGCGUUGCGCAAACGAGGCUGGGUUAAGGGACGCCUUUGAAGGUAUCCAGCGUCAGGCAGUGGCUAACUUCGGUGACGGGGCUGUCUUCGUAGAGCGCUUCGUCGAACUGGCGCGCCACAUUGAGAUCCAAGUCAUCGGAGACGGCAAUGGAGCGGUUGUCACGGCUGGUGAAAGAGACUGCACGCUUCAACGACGACACCAGAAGGUUAUUGAGGAAAGCCCUGCCAUGAUGGUGCCGGAAGAACAACGUGCGGCCAUGAGGGCUGCUGCUGUACGGCUGGCUGCCCAUGUGCGGUACCGUAAUGUUGGCACGAUUGAAUUCAUCUAUGACGUGAAGAAGCACGAGUUCUACUUCCUCGAAGUCAACACUCGCUUGCAAGUUGAGCAUCCAGUAACUGAGCUGGUGACUGGCCUAGACCUUGUAGAGUGCAUGCUGCAAGUUGCUGCCGGUCAAAAGCUCGAACUCUUCAAUAGCCCAGUCAACCAUCUUCCAACAACAGGGGCGUCUAUUGAGGUAAGAUUGUAUGCUGAGAGCCCUCUCGAGCAGUUCCGUCCAUGUGCUGGGACGGUGAGCAAACUCAAUUGGCCUGAAUCUCUACGCGUCGAUACCUGGAUUGAUGAGGGCACCCACGUUACGACGCUCUACGACAGUAUGAUAGCCAAGCUCAUUGCUGUGGGAUCGAACCGUCGUGAUGCUCUAGAGCAACUCGCAGAGGGCCUGAAUAAUACUGUUGUUGAGGGUGUUCAGACAAAUCUCGAGUAUCUACGGCAGAUCGUGGCGUCAGAGUUAUUCUCUUCAGGACACUUUCAUACGAAGUCACUGGACUUAUUUCAAUUCAUCUCUUCCGCUUUUGAGGUGAUUGAAUGCGGUGGGGGUGUGUCUGUGCAGGAUUAUCCUGGCAGAUCUGGUUACUGGAAUAUUGGUAUUCCACCCAGCGGUCCAGCUGAUAGUCUUUCUUUCCGCCUCGCCAACCGACUUGUGGGCAAUGACGAUGAUGCUGCGGGACUUGAAUGUACGCUACACGGACCUCAUCUAAAGUUCUAUCGCGAGGCAUUGGUUGCCGUCACUGGCGGCGAAGCACUCCUACUUAUUGACGAAAAGUCUGCCCCUCUGAGCACGACUUUGCGCAUUCAAGCCGGACAAACAUUGCACGUGGGUGCUAUCACAGGUGGUUACCGUGUUUACAUUGCUAUUCGCGGUGGUAUCGAUGUCCCGUCCGUCAUGGGUAGCAGAUCAACCUUUGAACUAGCCAAAAUGGGCGGCUACAAGGGUCGCGCGCUUUUCCCACGGGAUAUUGUUCGCAUAGGCAAUUCCGACACCAAGACGAUCAGGUUGUUGUCUUGUCCUGUGAUCUCGAUUCCAAAGCAGGUUGACGGUAGAAGCUGGAAGAUUCGUGUGCUCCCUGGCCCACACGGAGCCCCUGACUACUUCACCCAUGAUGGCCUCGCAAAACUGUUCUUCAGUACCUGGAAGGUUCACCAUAACAGCAACCGCCUCGGCAUCCGACUUUCAGGCCCCAAGCGGGAAUGGGCGCGCGAUUCGGGAGGCGAGGCAGGGCUACAUCCGUCCAAUAUUCACGACAGUCCUUAUUCUAUUGGAAGUGUAAGCUUCACAGGUGACGAAGCAGUUAUUCUCGGAUGCGAUGGACCGAGCCUUGGAGGAUUUGUCGUCUUCGGCGUAAUCAUCUCGGCAGAUCAGUGGAAAAUGGGGCAGUUACGUCCAGGAGAAUCGGUAUCGUUAGAACCCAUCUCUUCUGAAGCAGCAUUGAAGCUGGACAGCGAAUUUCAGCACGCAAUAGCGCAGAUCAGGCUGCCAUACGACCUCGGGAUUGAAGAAACAGUCAACACCCCUGCCCUUGAUGACCUGGAGGCCGUUCUCGGAAACACGACACAUAAUGGCCACGACUACAUUUGUCGCCAGGCUGGAGAUAACGCACUGCUCAUAGAGAUCGAUGGCGGUUCUGACUUCGACCUUGCGAGAAGCUUUGAGAUCUUUUCAUUCUGCGACCGCCACCGCGAAUGGCCGAUUUCUGGCGUCAAAGAACUUACGCCGGGUGUGGGUACUAUUCAUGUCAUUUAUGAUCAUGGGCUACCAGCUGAUACCUUGAUCGACCGGCUCUUCGAUCACCUAAAAACAUGUCAGUCAAGACGCAGUAUCCCCUCAAGAACAGUCCGACUACCUCUUGCCUUCGAUGAUGCCGUCUGCCGGGCGGCUGUAGAGCGCUAUGCUUCUACAAUUCGUGGCGAGGCUCCUUGGAUCCCAAGCAACGUUAACUUUUUGCAGGAGUUGAAUGGCAUGGAUAAUAUAUCAGUGCUCUUAUACAGUGCGACUUUCCUGGUGGUGGGACUUGGCGACGUAUUCCUUGGCUCUCCUUGUGCAGUGCCGCCCGACCCCCGUCACAGAUUAUUCGGAACCAAGUACAAUCCCUCACGCUCUUUCACACCACGUGGGGCAGUAGGUAUUGGUGGACAAUACCUCUGCAUUUAUGCCACUGACUCACCAGGCGGAUACCAGCUUGUUGGAAGGACAAAAGACAUAUGGGCGCCGCCGGAGACUCUACCGUCAUCUGGUGAUCAGCCACCUUGCCUGUUCCGCCAAUUCGAUCGCAUCACCUUCUACCCGGUGACAGAGGAUGAGCUGGAUAGCCAACCAGCGGAUAGGUUAAUUCAGAUUACUGAGGGCGAACUGGAUCUCGCAUGGUACAAAUCUCUAUUAGCCAAUAAUAAGGAGCUCAUCGCGCAACACCGAGCGCAGCAAAAAGCAUCAAUCCUCAACGCCCGUUUCCUUGAGGAUUUAUCAAAACCAUACAUUCCCAAAUCCCAGACGAUGAAGGGAUCUCCCAAGAGGGAGUGUGAGAGUGCUCCUGGCGCACAAGUACCUUCAGCGAUACCUGGACGUUGCUUUGAAGUGCAUGUACGGCCUGGACAGAAGAUUAUCAAGGGCGAUCCACUAAUAAGCAUCGAGUCGUCCAAGAUGGAGAUAGUUAUCCGGAGCCCCCAUGAUGGAACAUGUGGUGCUGUGCUGGUUGAGGCUGGCGACAAUGUCGACGCUGGAGAUGUGUUGGUAGUUAUAGAUUAA